AACUUAGCGUAAGUUUCUAAUUAAGUUACGGGAACAGCUAGUUCUGUCAGAUAAUUAGCAUCGAACUCGACGUCGAGUACAGCGUUGUUAUAGCGUACCUCUAUCCAAUAAAUCCAUAGUUACGUUUUGAAGUCGAUUUUAUUUGAUUGAACUUCUAUGCUGUAAUAGCACUGCCACAGACUCUGCGUCCAGUUCGAUUUUACAGAUUACCACUGCAAUAAAUUGUACAGUCUGGAACCAUCAAUCUAUAUUUAUUUAACUGCGAAGUUAAUAUUAUAGCAUACUUUAAAAAAAACUCUAAAAUCAUUUUAUUAAAGUUUACUUUUUUAUAUGGUUAUAGGGUAUCUUUACUCUUUAAGUAGAUUAUCUACUGUUUAUAUAGCAAUAAAAACACUCAAUAGCUCUUUAUAAAAUCUUCAUAUGGGUAUCUGAAGCUAGUGAAUGUAAAAAUAUCAUAAUGGAAGUACACAUCUCUUCUAUAGCUUUUGUUUUACUACUGAUAAAUUUUGGAACGUGUUUGCGUUUAAAAAAUGACACAAAUGACAUAUCAUCAUCAAACGACUCAAUCAAUAAAAUCUACAGAAUCGGCGUCGACAUGGGAAUAAUUAAUACAGAAAAAUACGCUGUAGAAGCAUUUGCCAGAGACGAACAAAAUGUCUUCAGAGAUUUAUACAAGGAGUAUAUCUCGAUGAAUGGCAGCCGGUUGAUUCAUUAUGACGAGUGGCUCGUUAUGAACAACUUUGGCGUGCUUCCUGAUACCCAGGAGUCAUUGUUUGAGAGGAAAAUUACUAAGCGCAGUACCGCUGAUAAUAAGCGACGAUUCGUGAAUACUGUGAGAAAAGGCGACAUUUUGAUCACGGGACGUGGUAUCGGUGGUUUGCUGGGUCACGCUGCUAUUAUGACGACGAAUAAUUACGUGUUAGAGAUGAGGGGAGGAAACGGCUGGCAGAAUGGUAUUAAACGCAACAACAGGCAAAUCAGCAAGCAUAGAUGGUUCGAUGAGCAUAGGUCGGAUUGGACUACUGUUUACCGGUGUCCGAACGCAGCUGUUGCUAAUGGCGCCGCUCUGUGGGCCGAUCAUAAGUAUUACAAUCCAACCGGUGGUUCUCAAAAGAAAAUUCAUAUCACCUACAAAAUUACACUUAACGUUUGGUCCAUAAACCCGAGCUAUUGUUCGAAACUUGUUAUUCAAGCGUAUUACUUUGGUAGUGGCAAGAGAAAAGUGAUAAGCCGUGAUAUAUCACUGAGGCGAGUAAUAGUGCCCACAAUGAUUCCGAGUUACUUCCUAGCCCCUUAUAAGUUAAGGAAUAUGGGACGAUUUUAAUGAUCUGUAAGUAAAUAGUGAUACUAUGAAAUUUAUUAGUAGAUAUUAAACUAUAGGUUUGUCGUUGUUAAGUGUAUAAUUUGAGAUAUUAUACACUUAACAACGACAUUGAGGUUAAGUCAUUUUUAUGUUCAUA